AGUCUGAAUUCACACACGCAGAGAGAGCCACACGACCACAGAAGUGGGAGCACCUUGUCCCCUUCGCCGCUCCGGCCGCAGGACCCCAGCUGCCCUGCGUCCCCGCCCCCCGCCCCACCCAGCACGGUCCUCCCAUCCGCAGCGACUACGGGAGGCCCUCAACUGUUCCCAGUGAGCCUGUGGAUGCCACUCGAGAUGUCCCCUUUUGGCUGCUGGGGACUGCCCACCGCCCUUCUUGUCCUGUUCUGCUGCCCAGGGUCUGGUGAGGGGUUUGAGGUGCACAUGUAUCCGGAGCAGCUUGUGGUGGAGCCCGGAGGGUCCAAGUUGAUCAACUGUAGCACCAGCUGUGCCCAGCCACAGACCGGUGGCCUGGAGACCGCCCUAACCAAGACCCUGCUGGAGUCGGGAGCUCAGUGGAAGCAGUACUUGAUCUCCAACAUCUCCCGGGACACAGUCAUCCACUGCUACUUCACCUGCUUCGGGAAUCAGAAGUUAAAGAGUCUCAACAUCAGCGUGGUCUACCCUCCACAGCAAGUGCUGCUGAAGCUGCAGCCCGCGUGGGUGGCUGUGGGGAGAUCCUUCAUCAUCGAGUGCCACGUGCCGGCCGUGAAACCCCUUGAGAGCCUCACUCUCACCCUGCUCCAUGGCCAGGAGGCCCUGUGCAACAAGACCUUUGCAAGGGGGGACGAUAGCAUCCGAGAGGCCACGGCCACGCACAACAGCACGGCUCACAGGGAAGACGACCACCACAACUUCUCGUGCCACGCCCACCUGGAUCUGCGGUCUCUCGGCGGGGGCAUCGUUCACCGUGUCUCUGAGCCCCAGAUGCUCAAGGUCUAUGAGCCCAGGCCAGACAACCAGAUGGUCGUCAUCAUCUCCGUCGCGUCGGUGCUGCUGCUCUUGUUCGUGACGUCUGUCCUCCUGUGCUUCGUCUUGGGCCAGCACUGGCGCCAGAGGCGGAUGGGCGCCUACGGGGUUCAGGAUGCUUAAGUAGGGCCAAAGUUGGGGCCGACUGAGCACAGCCAACAUGAGUGGCACGGCCACCGCCGCCGCAGCCCCUGGAACUCAGCGUGACUCCUCGGGACUGUGGUCCGGCCCUGGCUGCAGGACUAUAACGAGCAGCCGAGGACAUCGGGGUCAUUUCCUUUUCUAGUCUGCACAUAAACACCUGGACUCAA